GGCUGGUCAGCGGUACAACUAAACUCUCUUCUAGUUUUCGAUUGUAAAACCAUGUGUUUUCUCUGAUUUUUCCCUAAAAUUUUACUACGAUUCCCUCAAAACUAGAAAAAUACAAUGACGACACUUAAAAGAAGCAAGUCUAAUGAGCAGAAUGGGGAAUAUUCCGUUUCGGACACCUUCAGGAAGGCUUUGAAAUCCGGCUCGACAUGGGAAGACAAGGAAGAGUUUUUGGAUGUUAUUUAUUGGCUGAGGCAGAUUCUUGCUGUUGUUAUUGGCAUAUUGUGGGGGUUGGUCCCCCUCAAGGGAAUUUUUGCAAUAGCCCUAUUCUGUAUAAUAAAUGCUGCUGCGGCAUAUGUUUAUUUUAAUAACUUCCAAAAGAUAGACGAGGAUGACUAUGGCGGCCCCUGGGAACUGACAAAAGAAGGGUUCAUGACAUCAUUCGCAGUAUUCUUGAUUUUAUGGAUAAUGUGCUAUUCAGCUUUCCAUAAUCAAUAACACAGUAACAAGCCGUACCAAUAGUGUGUCAAAUCAUAUUUGGCAGUUGAUUGCAGAUCGGCAUGCAAAUGUGUAUUUAUGUAUUUUGAAUGCUUAGGCAAUCAUUUUGACGGUCUUAUUCUAAUAUACACAGCAACCUUUGUAAAAUGAACAAGCUCAUGACUAUGAUUGAGAGUGUAAGUUGGAGGUCACGUUGAGUACAACAUAUAUUUAUUCUCUGUAAUUAUUCCCCUUUUCAUAGUACAAGAGAAUUUGAUCUUUGAAGUUGUCUCAUCUUAAAGUAUCAAAAGGGGAAAUGAGACUCCUUAAAACCAUCUAAACACUUUGAAGCAUGAUCAACUUUAAACUUCCUCUCACUCAAAUCAUGUGUUCAGGUAUUGAGAAAAUAGAAAACAGAGUUAUUGAGGGUUUAUACCAUUUUAAGACACAAUGACCUGAUUUCAAAUGAAUUCUCCCCACGUUGCCAAUGGGGAGCAUUGCUUUAUGUCAGUUGCCUUAUUUUUUCCCAUGCUUGAGACUCUCCCUACUGGAAAAGUUGAUUCAAGCUGGCUCUGGUCAAUUUGAUUUCCUAAUAAAAAAAUGUUACAACAA